AUGGGAGACACAACAAAAGAGUCAAUACCUAAUAAACUGGAUCAUGUUCACACUGUGAAGCAGCCCAAAACGCGGCCACCGGCUGGAGUUCGCGAGAAGAUAUUGAGGAAGCCCUUACCAUAUUAUAGCGGACCAUAUUCCGUUGGACAAAUGGACAUUGAAGUACCCGUGCGAGAACCAAGGACAAUCUCCAAUAUCAAGAGACAACAUAAACAUGUCUUAAAGCUCGAGACGGUCCUGUUCAGUGUUUUCUACCCUUCGAGUUUUGGGUCCGGCGACGGGGUCUCUCCAGAAGGGGAAAGGAAAUGGAGUCGAGCGACAUGGCUACCGAGGCCUCGUGUUGAGGUGGCAAAGGGUUAUAGUAAAUUUGCAGGCCUUCCUUCAUGGCCUACUAUGGCAUUCUUCGGCAUGACAACUGCCUUCACUAAACUGCCUGCUUUCCGUAAUGCCAAGUUGGCAAAACAUUGGCCGCCCGAAAAUGCUCGAGAAUCUGAAUUCGGAUACCAGACGAAAAAUAGCGCGGGAGAACCUCCACCAGGAGAACCAGAGUCACCAUGUUUUCCAUUGUUGAUUUUCAGUCAUGGCCUAGGAGGAACGAGAACCACAUAUAGUUCUGUCUGUGGGGAAUUUGCCAGUUAUGGAUUUAUAGUUGUGGCUAUAGAACAUCGAGAUGGUUCGGGACCACGUACUUUCGUUAAUUUGCCAAAGAUGGGCGAUAAAUUUGGAUCACAGAAUGUAGACCAUUCUGACGAGGCGAGAGAGAGAGGCUAUGAGAGAUUUGAUUAUGUUUUCCCAGAAGGAAAUGCCAGAGACACUACGCCAAAUAAUGAAAAAGGCGUCGAUGAGGAACUUCGCUCUGCCCAAAUACAACUCCGCCUUGCUGAAAUCGAAGAAGCCUACUACAUCAUGACACAAAUUCAUGACGGACAUGGCGCCCGAAUCGCCGAAGCCAACCUCCGGCAAAGUUCUCCCGGUCGUGUCGGUGGUUCUUCCCGUGGUCUAAAAGGUGUCGACUGGCAGAGUUGGAAGAACAGCUUCCACCUCCAACAAGUUACCAUGCUUGGUCAUUCUUUCGGUGCCGCCACUACUGUCGAAGUUCUCCGCUCCCAAGCUGAACGAUUCCCGUACAUUUCGCAAGGAAUUCUGUAUGAUCCUUGGGGAGGCGCAAUUCAAAAAGCAGAUUGUGCUUCAGAGCAUCUCAUUCACAAUCCUCUACUUUGUAUCAACAGCGAGGCAUUUAUGUAUUGGCCUUCCAAUUUCUCUAGUAUCAUGUCACUCUGCCGCGAAGCCAAAUCACAAGGUACGCUGUGCUGGCUUCUCACUGUCCGUGGUAGCGUACACAUCUCGCAAUCUGAUUUCUCACUUCUUUAUCCAAAUGUUAGCAGUUUCCUGCUCAAAAUGACGGUCAAUCCACGGAGAGCCAUCGACUUGAAUAUUAAUGCCAGUCUAGAAUUUUUGAAAAUGGUAAUGCCGAAGAGAAUUAGCGCCAUGAAUAGAGGCACUAAUGAGGGGUUGCUGGAGGUCAAGCAAUUAGAUGAGUUACCACAUGUGCAUCAGCCGAAGGAGAAAUAUAUUGCGGGUAGAUUGAGAAUUCCACAUGAAAUGCGCAUUCGAUUAACACCGCAAUGGAUACGGAUGACGAAAGGGAAGACGAAGAACUGUCAUGAAAGGUGUGCUUGUAGGAAUGGGAGACGGAAACUAAAGAAAAACAUCGCGACAGAUCCACAGGGGAAAAUACUGUCGGGCUUAGAAGAGUUAGAAAUCGGAGACGAGAUUUGGAUGCAUGUUGCGCCGACGGCGGAAGAGCUGAGGCAGCAUGGGAUUGGGGGUAAGAAUGGAAAUCAAAGUGCAGCUACUGAGAGGGAUAGAGAUGAGGGGAAUAGCGACGGUAUGGUUCAUUAUGAAGGGCCAGGGGAGGGAGCGCAACAGAAGAAUGAGGGGGGUGGGCUGGCAGGCCAUAGGGGGAUUGAACAGAGGAUGAUGGAUAGAGGGUGA